GUGUUUCCAUUGAAACAGUUUUUUUCUAGAAUAUUCAAAUCAUGUAGAAAUUUAGAGUUUCCUCAACAAGAGGGCCCUGUCACUAGGUGACCAGGUUGCUAUCAUGGGCAUUUCUAGGCUGAGGACUGCUGAGUAGGCAGCCAUGACAUCACAAAGUCUAGGUUGUCACAAAGGCAGCUCCCUGACACAUGAGGGCCUGCAGCCUGGGCCUACAGUGGGCCAUAAUAAGCACUGGUAUCUUGACAGCCCCAGGCCAGUGGGAAAAUCAAGCUGUGCCAAUAGAAGCAAAAUCUAGCAACCGUCAUGGCUGGGAGAAAAGUCAGCAGGAAAUCCCAAGGGCGUAGGAGGCGGACCCUCUCCCGCUCCUCAAGAGCAGAGUUGCAGUUCCCCGUUAGCCGUGUGGAUCGCCUCCUGCGAGAGGGAGGCUACUCCCAGCGCCUGAGCUCGUCCGCACCAGUUUUCAUGGCAGCAGUUCUCGAGUACCUGACAGCCAACGUCCUGGAGCUGGCGGGCAAGGAGGCCGACAACUGCCGCAGGAAGCGCAUCAGCCCAGAGCACGUGCAGAGGGCAUUGGACAGCAACCAGCAGCUGCAGAGCCUCUUUCAACAUGGUACCGAACCUCAGGUCAAGGAGAUGCCUAAACGCAAGAAACAGUAGCGCUCCCUGGGUACCAAGGCCUGGCGGGACCUCAUCAACAGCCCCAUCCCACCUCCAAAACUCCCCUAGAUGAGGAGCCAGUGCUGCUGCCAGCAGCAAAUGCUAAUAAAUGAUGAAAAUCCA